GUUGACCUAUCCGAGUUGCCGUAGCAAUGCAAGACUGGCACUCCUCAAUGAACGUUGGAAAGAUGGCGACAGCGUACGCAUUAGGGAAAGUCUGCUGUGCCGGCGGAAAGAAAGUGCGCUAAAGAGACAAAAAUCCGCACAUUUUGCAAACAUUUACCGGUGCAAAGUCUGGUUGAAACCGCGCAGACAUGGUUCAGCCCAUGCACAACUAGAAACAAGAAGCCACUGCUUUGCAAUGGAGCCUCCGGAUCGCAACAAGCCCAGCAGGCAGUCCAAGCCAUUGGAGGAUGCAUCCCAGCAGAACACCAAGGUGGAGGAAUCCUGGGAUUCACCCAGUGAGGAAGAGGAAGCUCUGUAUGGCACAUCACCCCCAUUUACCCCUCGUCAAAUGAAACGCAUGUCUGCCAAACAUCAGAGAAACAGCCAAGUGAAAAGCACCGGGCGCUCUCCCAACAAAGCAGAACAUGGCAUAGUUCUGAGAGAGACUGCCAAGCCAGUGGAACCCUCAGAGGAGCACAGCUAUAAGCAGGGCAAGAAGCACAGGGCAACACAGCGCUCCACAGACAGAGACCACAAAAAGACCUUUGAAGAUUCAUUCAUGCUGGAUCCACUGUCAAAGACAAGCCCCUUCGGUGCCCUCAACAUGGAUCCUAGAAAGCAUUACUUGAGCCUGGGCUGCAGCAGUGGCAAACUGCCUGUGACUAUGCCUCAUAUUGCCCGGACUCAUCGUCAGACCUCCAGGACUGACUGUCCUGCCGAUCGCCUGAAAUUUUUUGAGACUCUGCGUCUGUUGCUGAAGCUUACGUCAAUGUCCUCCAAGAGGAAGGAGAAGGAGCAAAGGGGUCUGGAGAACAUGGCCUUUAUGGGCCACCACAAUGAGGUCAUUUGGUUGGAGCUGCAGGCCUGGCAUGCACGACGGUCAACCGGUGAUCAAGACCUUUUUCUUUUCACUGCACGCCAGGCCAUCCCGGACAUCAUUAAUGAGGUGUUGCACUUUAAGGUCAAUUAUGACAGCCUGACAGGAGCCCAGAGUUCAGGGUCUGAAACGGUACCAGACGAUUGUGGAAUCGUACCUGAUCAGGUAGUGGUGUCUGGUGCAAAGACUAAUCACUGUGGAGUAGAUCCUUGGGGCUUCAGCGCCUGCCCCUCUACUGCGAUGAAUGCAGCAGAACCUCUGGGCUCCGGCACUGAUUGCAAGGAACACCUUCAACGCCAGAGGUUAGCUUUCGAGCAGGUUAAGCGAGUGAUGGAAUUGCUGGAGUCUGUAGAAGCUUUGUACCCCUCACUGCAAGCCCUACAAAGAGAAUUUGAAAAAUAUGCAGCCAGGGACUUCCAGGGCAGGGUGCAGGCACUCUGUCUGUGGCUUAAUAUCACCCAGGACCUCAACCAGAAGCUGCGCGUCAUGGCCACUGUGCUAGGCAUCCAUGAUCUGUCUCGGAUUAGGUGGCCUGUCUUUGAAAUCCCCUCACCACGCUGCUCACGCGGCAAUGAAGAAGAGGAAAAUGAGAAUGACAACGAGGAGGAAAAUGACUCCACGGCCACGUUCACGGCUGAAAGUGAAGGGGAGGAAAGGGAUGUGGAAGAGGAUGGGGAAUUGGAACAUGUAGCAGACGGAGAGUUAUCUCCCUCCCUGACUCCGAAAUUUGCCCGAUUACUGUCUGAAGACGAGUUUCUUCCGACUGCUGUUGUAGAAGGAGCUGAAUCAACCGUAGGAGGGGAGGUCUUCUGCCCCACAGCCAUUUACAGGCCAUUUGUGGAUAAAGCUCUGAAACAAAUGGGACUGCGUAAACUGAUUCUCAGACUGCACAAAUUAAUGGACCGCUCUCUGCAGCGCUCCAGAGCGGCGCUUCUUCGCCACACACCUACACUGGAGUUUGCAGAUUUCCCAGAUCCCAUGCUGUACAGUGAUUACCUGCCAGAGCUGUCGCGUCACCUGUCCUGCAGCGGUCCUGCUCAUACAAAGAUGGGGGUGGACCAGGUCUCCUGGGAGCAUUUGCUGGACAUGGACCUCCCGUCUUUCCGACCUGCGUUCCUCGUGCUGUGCAGGGUUCUCCUCAAUGUUAUUCAUGAAUGUCUUAAGCUGCGACUAGAACAGAGACCUGCCGGAGAGCCGUCAUUGCUCAGCAUCAAACAGUUGGUGCGCGAGUGUAAGGAGGUUCUCAAAGGCGGUCUCCUGAUGAAGCAGUAUUAUCAGUUCAUGUUACGUGGCGUUGUCACUGAUGCCCAGGGCCUGCAGACCAACGCUAACAUUGAUGAGUUUGAAGAGGACCUACACAAGAUGCUGGUGGUUUACUUCGACUACAUGCACAGUUGGAUCCAGAUGCUGCAGCAGCUGCCUCAGGCCUCUCACAGCCUAAAGAAUUUGUUAGAGGAGGAGUGGAACUUCACAAAGGUCAUCACUCCUUACAUCCGUGGAGGGGAAGCCCAGUCUGGGAAGCUUUUCUGUGACAUUGCAGGGAUGCUUCUCAAAUCCACUGGGGAGUUCCUGGAUGCUGGCCUGCAAAAAAGUGGUAAUGAAUUCUUGGAAAGUGCAGAUGACAGCUCAGCCUCAGAUGAGAUUAGACGCUCGGUGAUCGAGACGAGUCGGUCUCUGAAAGAGUUGUUCCAUGAGGCCCGGGAACGGGCGUCCAAGGCUCUGGGAUUUGCCAAAAUGCUGCGCAAGGACUUGGAAGUGGCUGCUGUUUUCAAUAUCACUAAUGGCAUACCUUGUCUCCUCGAGACACUAAAGAAGAAAAACUACAUCAAGGUUCAGAUCCCAGGCUUGGAUGAGCUACAGAUCUUCGUCCCCUCUGGUCUGCUGGAUCAGCGCCCCCUCAUCCUGCAGCUUCUGAACGCUGCAGUAGGCAAAGACUGCUCCAAGGAGCCAGAGGAAAUUGCUGACGACGAGUCGUAUCUGCUCAUGAGCAAACUCAAAGCUGAUUCCACCACUGAUUCAGAUUGGGCCCAAUGGGACGGAGAGCUGCUGAAGCUGGUUCCACAAAUGGAAACUGUUGACACUUUAAGAGCCAUGAAGGUGGAGAACAUGCUGUUGAUAGUAAUGCAGUCAGCUCACCUGGUGACCCAGAGAAAGGUAUUUCAGCAGUCCUUGGAGGACGUGCUCACUCUUAGCCGAGAGCAAACAUCAAGUCAGCCUCUCAUCGCCAGCGCGCUGGAGGAACUUAAGGAUGAGGCCUUACAGCUAUGCAUCAAAAUCAGCACUGCCAUUGAUCAAGUGGAGUACAUGUUCACUACAGAGUUUGAGCCAGAAGUGGAGGAGUCGGAGUCAGCCACUCUGAAUCAGUACUAUAGAGAGGCAAUGAUCCAGGGCUACAACUUUGCCUUCGAGUAUCACAAGGAGGUUGUUCGGCUGAUGUCAGGAGAGUUCAGGCAGAGGAUUGGGGAGCGUUAUAUAGCUUUCGCUCGCAAAUGGAUGACCUACGUCUUGACCAAAUGUGAGAGCGGCCGAGGCACCAAGCCCAGGUGGGCGACUCAGGGUUUUGAUUUUCUUCAGGCCAUUGAACCUGCCUUUAUUUCAGCAUUACCUGAAGAUGACUUCCUGAAUCUACAAGCUCUGAUGAAUGAAUGUAUUGGACAUGUGAUUGGAAAACCCCACAGUCCCGUCACUGGCCUGUAUAUUGUCCCCAGAAAUAGUCCUCGUCCUGUCAAAGUCCCCCGCUGCCAUAGUGACCCACCAAACCCCAAUCUGUUCAUCCCUAAUGCUGAAGGAUUCAGCUCUCGAAGUCUGCCCUGCGAUCUGCGGAACCAGCUGUUCCCCAACGGCCCCCGGCCCGUCCCUCAGGGCCCAGGGGAACACAGCCACACCAAGGCACCAGGCAGUGCCCCGAGUGAUGCCAGGGGUUCCAAUUACCAUGAAAAUGACCGUCUGUCGACGGUGGCAGCAGAGCUGCAAUUCAAAUCCCUCAGCCGCCACUCCAGCCCCACAGAGGACAGAGAAGAACCUUCAUAUCCCAAGGGUGAUCCCAACAGUGCAGCACGACGCAGCUGGGAGCUCCGCAACUUCAUCACCCAGUCUAAAGACACAGCAGCACGUCAAAGCCCCAUGGAAGCCGUCCGUCGCUCUAUUCGCAAAUUUGAGGACAAACGCUACGCCGUGAUGAAGCAGCGCAACAUUAUCGGCCAAGUGUGUCACACUCCCAAGUCGUACGACAAUGUCAUGCACGUUGGGCUUAGAAAAGUGACCUUUAAAUGGCAGAGGGGCAACAAGAUUGGGGAGGGCCAGUAUGGUAAGGUGUACACUUGCAUUAAUGUUGACACUGGAGAACUGAUGGCCAUGAAAGAGAUUCGAUUCCAACCAAAUGAUCACAAAACAAUCAAGGAGACGGCAGACGAGCUGAAAAUAUUCGAAGGCAUUAAACACCCAAACCUCGUUCGAUAUUUUGGAGUUGAGCUCCAUCGAGAGGAAAUGUACAUUUUCAUGGAGUACUGUGAUGAGGGCACUCUAGAGGAGGUGUCCAGACUGGGCCUGCAGGAACACGUCAUCAGACUGUACAGUAAACAGAUCACAACAGCCAUUAACGUCCUCCAUGAACAUGGCAUUGUGCACCGGGACAUCAAAGGAGCGAACAUCUUCCUGACAUCGUCUGGUCUUAUCAAGUUAGGAGACUUUGGCUGCUCAGUCAAGCUGAGGAACAACACUCAGACCAUGCCUGGAGAGGUGAACAGCACACUGGGAACAGCAGCCUAUAUGGCACCUGAAGUCAUCACAAGAGCAAAGGGCGAAGGUCAUGGCCGAGCAGCUGACAUCUGGAGUUUAGGCUGCGUUCUCAUUGAGAUGGUGACAGGAAAGAGACCUUGGCAUGAGUACGAGCACAACUUCCAGAUCAUGUACAAAGUAGGCAUGGGCCACAAACCUCCUAUCCCAGAGAAGCUGAGCACAGAGGGGAAGGACUUCCUGGGACACUGUCUGGAGAGUGAACCCAAACGCAGAUGGACGGCCAGCAUGCUGCUAGACCACCCGUUUGUCAAGGUUUGUACAGAUGAAGAAUGAGUGAGCAGCUCGGAUGCUAUCAGGUUCACACAUUAAAACGCACUACUGUACAUGCUGCUGGCAAAAAUUCCUAACAAAACUGUGGACAAAUGAGUUGUUGUUAAAAGGUUGACGGCACAUGGAGCUAAACUGAGGAACUAAUAUACUGUAUCAUUUCAGCUGACGACUGGACCUGUGUAGUACCGGGUUGUUAUGUCUUGUGUAUUCACGGACAUCAGGCGAAGAGGGGUACAGGGUGGGACUGUACAUACUGUAUGAAUAGUAUUUGGCUUAAAUGCUUUGUACAAACAAUAUUGUAAAGUUAAAGUAACUAUUACCACACUUGUUUUCACUAGUUCAGCGACCUCUUUAAAAAGGCAUUGAGGAAAUACCUUUAAAAAAAUGGCGUAAGGGGGUUCAGUUCUAUGGCACUUUUAAACUGUUUACCCAUCGGGGCAGUUCAGCAGAGAAGGGUAAUUUAUGUCAGUGGCCACGCAGGGCAGGAGGAUAAGUGGGUAAAUCCCUCUGAAUCAAACAGACACUGGUUUAUCUUAAUGAAGUUAGCAUCGUUCAGAUACUGGGAAGGAUUUUUGUCUUGUGUGUGUCUUUUGUUUUCUCCGCCCUUCGCUGAGGAGUAAAAAAAAAAAAAAAACGUCAAGUUGAGGUAUAUUGAAAGUCCGUUCACUGUUCAAGACCUGACCAUGACUGCAGCGGAAACGCCCGAAAGAAGCGCAGCCUGCUGCCGCCGCCAUUGCUGCUGCUGCUGAUUUAACACAAACCUCCUACACAACCAGACACAAGGACUCGCACCACAACUUCUGCUCUAUGCUGCUCUUAUAGUGUUUGCUAUGUACAAACAAUAUUAAUAAACCAAUUUGUUUUUUAUA